UUUAGACUGAAAAGAUAUGAAUGAAUACCCUAAAAAAAGAAAGAGGAAGACUUUACAUCCUUCUCGUUAUUCAGAUUCCUCAGGAAUAAGCAGAAUUGCAGAUGGAUUCAAUGGGAUUUUUUCUGACCACUGUUACAGUGUCUGCUCCAUAAGACAACCAGACUUAAAAUAUUUUGACAACAAAGAUGAUGAUUCUGAUACUGAAAUAUCAAGUGACUUGCCAAAAUUUACAGAUGGAAUAAAGCCCAGAAGCAGAAAUCAGAGGUACCAUGUGCCCAGCCCUGUAUUUAGAAUCCUGGACCAUACUGCCUUUUCUACAGAAAAACCUGCUGAUACUGAAAUGUGUGAUGAAGAGUGUGACUCACCUGAAUCAGUGAACCAACAAACUCAAGAGGAAAGUCCGCUAGAAGUUCAUGCUGCCGAUGAUGUUCCAAUUGCUGCAGAAGUGCAUGCAAUUUCUGAAGAUUAUGAUAUAGAGACAGAAAAUAAUUCUUCGGAGAGUCUCCAGUACCAAACCGAUGAGGAGCCGCCAGCUAAACUCUGCAAAAUUCUUGACAAGAACCAAGCGUUGAAUGUGACUGCCCAGCAGAAAUGGCCUUUACUGAGAGCUAAUAGCAGCGGCCUCUAUAAAUGUGAACUUUGCAAUUUUAACAGCAAAUAUUUUUCUGACUUAAAGCAGCAUAUGAUCCUAAAACAUAAGCGCACGGAUUCAAACAUGUGUCGCGUAUGCAAGGAAAGCUUUUCUACCAACAUGCUUCUGAUCGAACACGCCAAACUCCACGAAGAGGAUCCUUACAUUUGUAAAUACUGUGACUAUAAGACGGUCAUUUUUGAGAACCUAAGCCAGCACAUUGCAGAUACGCAUUUCAGUGAUCACCUUUACUGGUGUGAGCAGUGCGACGUGCAAUUCUCCUCAAGUAGUGAGCUCUACCUGCAUUUCCAAGAGCACAGCUGCGAUGAACAGUACUUGUGUCAGUUCUGUGAACACGAAACAAAUGAUCCAGAAGACUUGCACAGCCAUGUGGUAAAUGAGCAUGCGUGUAAACUCAUAGAGUUAAGCGAUAAGUAUAACAAUGGAGAGCACGGACAGUACAGCCUCUUAAGUAAAAUUACCUUUGACAAAUGUAAGAAUUUCUUUGUAUGUCAAGUCUGUGGCUUUCGGAGCAGACUUCACACAAACGUUAACAGGCACGUUGCCAUUGAACAUACCAAAAUUUUUCCUCACGUAUGUGAUGACUGUGGAAAAGGGUUUUCCAGUAUGCUAGAAUAUUGCAAGCAUCUAAAUUCGCAUUUAUCUGAAGGGAUCUACUUAUGUCAAUACUGUGAGUAUUCAACAGGACAAAUCGAAGAUCUUAAACUCCAUCUGGAUUUUAAGCAUUCGACUGACUUACCUCAUAAAUGUAGUGACUGCUUGAUGAGGUUUGGGAAUGAAAGGGAAUUAAUUAGUCACCUGCCGGUCCACGAGACAACUUGAUCUCCUUGUCUUAAUUUUCAUGAUGUUAAUGCAAAAUAAUAAGUUGAACGUUUUUUUUGAGAUGUUAAACUGGUCAAUCUUAGCCCCAUUUAUGAGAAUUGUCUUAUGUAAGUAGUCAGAUUUUUAUUUUUAAUUGUCCCAUUUUCUUGGCAUUGCUACAUUUUUCAGUGUAUAGUUGUGUAUCCUAA